AUGUAUGACCAGGACGCAGGAUGGGAUAGGAGUUGCGGCACACUCCGUCCUAUCUCCCUGGAUCUUCCCUCCGAGCUCCAAAUACUACAUGCGCUUUUUGGCAACAGUAAAGGAGAAUCUCUUACCAGACUAGGCAACAACGACAACGAUCCCGAAAUCCAAGAAUUAACAAGAAAAAAAGAAGGCCUAUGCAAGGUGGGCAAGGUGGACAAAAGGUGGGCAACACCACAGACAAGCUCCAACUGCAACCGAUUCCCAGGUUUCAAUGGGAGGGCGAGUGUUGGCGUGCUCGUUUACCGUCGUCAGAUCAGCCAGGGAGCGGUGGUUCUUAUUCGCUGGACGGGCGGCGCCUGUCCGCGCGUCGUCUCAGAUGGCGGAGCGGUCGCGCAACCACACCUUUCAAGAUAUCUCUCUGCCUCUGUCCCAGGAGCCCGGGAUCGACUUGGUCUUUCCUGGCGCUCGCCGUGUACUGGUCUCGUGGGCUGCGCUGGGAUCCCUGUCUUGGCAGCUUGGUCAACGGGUGUCGUUUUAGAGACAGGUCAGAUCACAGACACGCACGCCCUCUCUGUGCUCAGACCGAAUGUUCGAGCACCCGGCGAAUUAGAUGCACUCUCGAGCAGCGUCUAA